AUGCAUGGGGUAUAUGAAGUGCUCGAGGAUCGUUGCAAUCGUUGCCAGAAUCAUCAUCAUCAGCAUCAUCAUCAUCAUCAUCAUCCAUUCUCCUAUCAUCAUUGGCGAGAUCAACUGGAUCGUCAAGACAUCGUGUUUCUACAUCACCGGAACACGCCCCAAGAACUUAGAGAAUCUCCAUCUACUCAGUUGCUCAACAUGUCGCAGUCGACGCGGUCAUCGAUGCUCCUGAGCUUCCUCCUCCUGACCAUCCUAGCCCUAUCCUCUCUGGGGUCGGCUCGUCCCAUCUCCAAGUCAGGAAAUGGCUUGUCAAGAUCUGGUAUCUAUUCGAGAUCUGCUAGUCCUAGUCCCGUACGUCCCUUUCAACCCCCUAUACUUGCUACCGGUCGACUAACAGAUUUGCAGAGAGUAAUCCCUUCGAGCGGAGAAUACCGCGAAAAGCUCAUGAAGAAUAUCUUCGACUCACUCGGUCUCAGCGCCUUGAACAAGCUAGACGACUGGAAGAAGAAGCUGGAGGACUCCGAUAUCAUCGACGACAGCAACAGUCCCAGCAGCACCGUCACAGAACAGAACAACGCCUCCAUCGUCGACGAAUCCACGAAUGACUCAAAUGACGAAGAGACCGAGAACACUCCGGCCACGGUCGAUAUCGUGGAUGAUAUCCUCUCCACAAUGAUCGACAAGUUCCACGAGGCAUUCCUCACUCAGGAUGAGGUUACACUGAUUUGA